UGAAUGACCAGGAAGUCAGGAACCUAGCAGUGGGCAGUGAGGGAAUAGUAUACGCCUCAAAGAAGAGGGCUUUCUGCACCAGCAAGGUGGGAGGGGUCUGGAAGAAACAGAAGAACACGAAUUCCUGUCAUCGGGAGUAGGAAAUAACCCCAGGAAAGGGCACUCAUGCAAGCCCAGGAAGGGGGCUUCCUCCGCUUUGGAAGAGAAACGUGCAGUCCCUUAGCAGUGUCUGCAGAGGUGGGCAUGAGGAAGGCUGGCACCCCUGUUAGGGAUCUGCAAACACCGUCCGAAGUUGCAGGACCUCUGAGCAACCACCCCCGGAGGGAAAUGUCUGAUACUCACAGCAGACCUCUCCUGGCCGAGCCUCUUUCCAGCAGAUGCAAACUCUAUGAGUCAGAGUUUACCAACCCGAGCUGGCCCUCAAGCCCCCAGGAUACACACCCGGCACUGCCCCUCCUGGAGAUGCCCGAAGAGAAGGAUCUCCGGCCAUCCAAUGAAGACAGCCAUAUUGUGAAAAUGGAAAAACCCAGUGAACGGAGUAAAAGGAGAGAAAGCGGGGCAGCCCAUCAAGGCUCUGCCGGCGUGGGGGGCAUCAGCCUCCUCCAAGCAGUGGGCUAUCUCACGGGGGAGAUGAAGGAGUGCAGGAGCUGGCUGAAAGAUAAGCCUUUGACCAUCCAGUUCACGGACUGGGUCCUGAGGGGGGCUGCCCAGGUGAUGUUUGUCAACAACCCUCUCAGCGGGCUCAUCAUCUUCAUAGGACUCCUGAUCCAGAAUCCCUGGUGGACGAUUACUGGGGGCCUAGGGGCAGUGGUCUCAACCUUAACUGCCCUCGCCUUGAACCAGGACAGGUCUGCCAUCGCCUCCGGCCUCCACGGGUACAAUGGGUUGCUGGUAGGACUGCUCCUGGCCGUGUUCUCUGAGAAGUGGGACUAUUACUGGUGGCUUCUGUUUCCUGUGACCUUCACGGCCAUGACCUGCCCACUUCUUUCCAGUGCCUUGAAUUCCAUCUUCAGCAGGUGGGACCUCCCGGUCUUCACGCUGCCCUUCAACAUGGCGGUGACCCUGUACCUGGCAGCCACUGGCCACUACAACCUCUUCUUCCCCACGACGCUGGUGGAGCCCAUGUCUUCAGUGCCCAACAUCACCUGGACAGAGAUGGAGAUGCCCUUGCUGCUACAAGCCAUCCCCGUCGGAGUCGGCCAGGUGUAUGGCUGCGACAAUCCCUGGACGGGCGGCGUGUUCCUGGUGGCUCUGUUCAUCUCCUCGCCACUCAUCUGCCUGCACGCCGCCAUUGGCUCCAUCGUGGGGAUGCUGGCAGCCCUGACGGUGGCCACGCCCUUCAAGACGAUCUACAUGGGACUCUGGAGCUACAACUGUGUCCUGUCCUGCAUCGCCAUCGGGGGCAUGUUCUAUGCGCUCACCUGGCAGACCCACCUGCUGGCCCUCGUCUGUGCCCUGUUCUGUGCAUACAUGGGAGCAGCCCUCUCCAACAUCAUGUCGGUGGUUGGUGUGCCACCCGGCACCUGGGCCUUCUGCCUGUCCACCCUCACCUUCCUGCUCCUGACGACCAACAACCCGGCCAUCUAUAAGCUCCCACUCAGCAAAGUCACCUACCCGGAGGCCAACCGCAUCUACUACCUAAAAGCGAAGAGCAGUGAAGAGGAGAAGUCCCCCAGCGGUGGCGGUAGGGAGCAGCCAGCCACAGCAAGCCCCAAGGCCCAUGAGAGCUCGGAGGCCGGGCCCCCCAAGCCCAGGAGCGUGUUCCACAUUGAGUGGUCGUCCAUUCGGAGGAGGAGCAAAGUGUUUGGAAAAGGCGACCACCAGGAGAAACAAACCAAAGAUCCUUGUCCCUAUCAGUACCGGAAGCCCACGGUCGAGCUGCUGGAUCUGGACACCAUGGAGGACAGCGCUGAGAUAAAGGUGGAAGCGAACACGUCCAAGACCUCCUGGAUUCAGAGCCACGUGGCUGCCAGCGGGAAGAGGGUCAGCAGAGCCCUCAGUUACAUCACGGGGGAGAUGAAGGAGUGCGGCGAGGGGCUUAAAGACAAAUCCCCAGUGUUCCAGUUCCUCGACUGGGUCCUCCGGGGCACGUCCCAGGUGAUGUUUGUGAACAACCCCCUCAGCGGCAUCCUCAUCGUGCUCGGCCUCUUCAUCCAGAACCCCUGGUGGGCCAUCUCGGGCUGCUUGGGCACUGUUGUGUCUACUUUGACAGCCCUCAUUCUGAGCCAGGACAGGUCUGCCAUCAUGGCAGGACUCCAUGGCUACAACGGGGUGCUGGUGGGGCUGUUGAUGGCCGUGUUCUCAGACAAAGGCAACUAUUACUGGUGGCUUCUGCUCCCCGUCAUCGUGAUGUCCAUGUCGUGCCCCAUCCUCUCCAGUGCCCUGGGCACCGUCUUCAGUAAGUGGGACCUCCCGGUCUUCACGCUGCCCUUCAACAUCGCCGUGACCCUGUACCUGGCGGCCACCGGCCACUACAACCUCUUCUUCCCCACGAUGCUGCUGCAGCCUGCGUCCUCCACGCCCAACAUCACCUGGUCAGAGGUCCAAGUGCCCUUGCUUCUGAGAGCCAUCCCUGUAGGCAUCGGCCAGGUCUAUGGCUGCGACAACCCCUGGACCGGAGGCAUCUUCCUCAUAGCACUGUUCAUCUCGUCACCUCUCAUUUGCUUGCACGCUGCCAUCGGCUCCACCGUGGGCAUGUUAGCAGCCCUCACUAUAGCAACGCCCUUGGACUCCAUCUACUUCGGCCUGUGCGGCUUCAACAGCACGCUGGCCUGCAUCGCCAUCGGAGGCAUGUUCUACGUCCUGACCUGGCAGACCCAUGUCCUGGCCAUCGCCUGCGCACUGUUCGCGGCCUACCUGGGCGCUGCCCUCGCCAACGUGCUGUCUGUGUUUGGACUGCCGCCAUGCACCUGGCCCUUCUGCCUCUCCGCGCUCACCUUCCUGCUGCUGACGACCAACAACCCGGCCAUCUACAAGCUUCCGCUCAGCAAAGUCACCUACCCAGAGGCCAACCGCAUCUACUACCUAUCCCAGGAGAAAAACAGAAGAGCAUCAACCAUAACAAAGUACCAGGCCUAUGAUGUCUCCUAGGCUGCCUUUUCCAAAACGUGUCACUGUACAUUCAGCCUUCAGCAGGUUGUCCAGGUCCCCGAGCUGACGGCCAUGCAACCACCCCUUCUGUCUGUUCUGUGAUUUUUCCCCUCAAGCAAGCCUACACCCUAUUUGUUCCCCCACAUAGAGAUAUACGUGUAUAGCCACCAUUUAGGGACCGCUCAGUUCUAAGAUGUACAAUACUUAUCAAAGAUACGGUUAGUUUAGACUUCAUACCCAUAGCUCCCUCCAGAAGAGCUCCCUUUGAUGGGACUUGCCCUCUUCUGCAAAAUAAGUCACGUCCCUAAAGAGAACUCAUCAAGAAGGAGACAGAGAGGAGCAUGGGCCUCCAACUCAGGCAUGUCACGGAGCCAUGCAUGGUACCAGGGAACAUGCAUCAGCCUGGAAGGUGAUGGGAUGGUUCUGCCCCAACUCUGCCUCAGUGAGCUCCCACCAUCUUGAGUGAACACAUCCCUGCUCUCAGCCUUGACUUCCUAGUUUCAGGACAGGGAGGGACUGUAUCUCCCACCCCAGCAGUGUGGACUCUUCUCUCUCUCCCAUAAACUGACAAAACCAGCAUGACCAUCAAGUUAUUACUCUAAGUAAUAGAUGGAGGGCUUACCUGGAGAAGAGGCAAGAAAAUGUUCAUGUUCUGAGAUUUGUUCCUGAGUCACGAGAAGACUUGGUAUUAGGAAAUUAAAUUCACUGGAAAUGCCAACAUGCCUUCCUUUGCAUAGUAGAAAUGUUUCUGGAAAUGUCAUAAGAGGAAACCUGAUCUUUUUCAACAUUCAAAUCAUGUUUUAAACAAAUGUAUCUUCUUUUGUAGUAUUCACAGCAUUCCCGUAUUAAACGGUUAAGUUCGCAA